AUUGAAAUGCAUUCCACGUGACACCAAGCUGUUUGAGAGAAUGCCAAGUGUGCAAAGCUGUCAAGGCAAAGGUUGGUUUCUUAGAAUCAAAUGUGUUUUGAUAUUUUUUUUACACUUUUUGGGGUACAUGAUUCCAUGUUUCAAUUUUGUCUUCAUUCUGCACUGUAGAAAAUAGUAAAAAAAAAAAAUGGAAUGGAAUGUGUCCACGUCAAGUUUGUAUGGCAAGAUUGCAUAUAGAAAUCACUGUGUUCCACAAUAUUUAUUCAGAAGUGGCCACUUUCUGACAAUUGAAUGUGCAAUGCGUGGACAGCGGAAUGAAGUGUUGGGGUAUACUACAAAGCAGGAUCAAGAACAGCCAGCUAACUAGACGAAUUUAAAAAUAAAUGUAAAGAAAUGUGCUUGGAAUAGGCAUUGUCUUUUUGAUUCAACAAACAAGUCAAUUGACAAAUAAGAAAAACAUCUAUUUGAAUAAAAUAGUGGGAUUUGAGUGGAACAACCAAUCAGGACUGGUGAUUUAUUUUCCCAAUCCUACGUCAGACGUCAUUGCGUCAGCUGCUUUCAAAGAGGGAUACGAUUUUGUCAGGUUCAAUUGUAUUUGCGCCAUAACAACUCGGCUAGUAAUAAUGACGAACCAACUUUGUAAGCUGUUUGUCGGUGGAUUGAACGUCGAGACUACAGACGAUGGACUUCGGCAACAUUUCGAGCAGUACGGCCAGUUAACCGACUGCGUAGUGGUCCAGAACCAGCAGCUACAAAGGUCCCGGUGUUUCGGCUUUGUAACCUACUCAAACGCGGAGGAGGCCGACGCAGCCAUGGCCGCUAGGCCACAUGUCGUCGAUGGUACCAACGUGGAGUUAAAAAGGGCCGUUGCACGGGAAGAUGCCGGUAGGCCAGAGGCACUCGCCAAAGUUAAAAAAAUAUUUAUCGGUGGGUUGAAAGACGACAUAGAAGACGACCAUUUGAAUGAUUAUUUCUCUCAAUUCGGGGCAAUUGAGAAGGCCGAAGUAAUCAGUGACAAACAGACUCUCAAAAAAAGAGGAUUCGGCUUCGUCUAUUUUGAAGAUAAUGACUCUGCCGACAAAGCAGUGGUGCUGAAGUUCCACACAAUCAAUGGGCACAAAGUGGAGGUGAAGAAGGCCCUCACCAAGCAAGAGAUGCAGUCAGCCGGUGGUCGGGGAAGAGGCGGGCGAGGAAUGAGGGGGUCUCAAAAUGGCUACGACGGCGGAAGAGGUGGCGGCUACGGCAACUAUGGCGGUAAUUAUGGAGGAAACGAUGGUGGCUACGGUGGCGGAUACGGCAAUGGAGGUGGUUACGGUAACCAAGGGGGAUACGGAGGAGGUUAUGGAGAUCAAAUGGGGAGCAGUUAUGGUGGGAACGGUUAUAAUGACUUUGGCGAAGAUUACGGACAGCAGUCCUCCGGCUAUGGUGCAAUGAAAGGGGGUAAUUAUUCAGGCAGGAGCGCAGCACCGUACUCCCGUGGAGGCGGCAGUGGUUAUAGCAGGGGUGGAUAUGGUGGUUAUUAGACACCGUUGACCACAUUUGACCCAAUAAUUUGAAAUGUUCUGAAUUUCUGAUUCAAUGACCUGCAUUUACACACACGGGUCGGAGUUGCCCAUUUCUUUGUUGCUACUAUUUUAAAGUACUCGUGCCCCUCGCCCACCCUGAUGUGCCCUCCAUCCGGACUACACCGUUGUCCCUAGGCGACGCUACUAAAGACAUGGACACUUUAUUACCAAUUCAACUUUCUGACUUGUCAAUGUAGUGAUUCCUUUAAAUAUUUUUUAUUUAAUUGUAGUUAACGUCGCUGCUUCCAAGACUUUGGUAUGAUACUGUAUGUCAUUAGUACCAGCCAGGUUAAUAACAAGACAUAUUGCUUUAGCAACAUGAAACUCAGGGGUAUUAAUGGAGUUGAAAGCAGUCUUAGUGUAUGCUUGAGUGUUUUUAAGAUCAUAAUAUUUCGUGUCAAAGUAUUAAGUACUUAUGGUUAUUGUAUUAUUAUACUUUUUUAUGGUUACCUCAAUGCUUUUCUCCGUCCAAGAUGUGCUAUUCAAUACCUUGCAAAGCAAUGCAGUUUUGUGGAAUGUUACUUAAAUAUUAGUUAGCUAUUGAGCCUAACUCUUUUGGCUGUAUUAAAGUUUUUAAUGUUUGAAAGCAA